UCAGGUCUCGUCCAUCUUUAGUUUUUAUCUGAAAGACGCGGCAUCAGCAUGGGGGCUGUUCUCGGGUUAUGCUCCAUGGCGAGCUGGAUUCCCUGUCUGUGUGGUAAUGCUCCCUGCCUGCUGUGCAUGUGCUGCCCCAGUGGAAACAACUCCACAGUCACUCGGCUCAUCUAUGCCUUCCUCCUCCUCCUGGGUGUGGGGAUAGCCUGCAUCAUGCUAAUGCCUGGAAUGGAGACCCAGCUCAAGAAGAUUCCUGGCUUUUGUGAGGGAGGAAUGGGUUCAUCUAUCCCAGGUGUGGAGGGCCAUGUGAACUGUGAUGUGCUGGUUGGCUAUAAGGCUGUGUACCGUGUCUGCUUUGGCAUGGCCAUGUUCUUCCUGCUUUUCUCUCUCCUCAUGAUUAAAGUGAAGAGCAGCCAGGAUCCUCGAGCUGCAGUGCACAACGGGUUCUGGUUCUUUAAGUUUGCUGCUGCCACCGCUAUUACUGUUGGAGCCUUUUUUAUUCCAGAGGGUCCCUUCACAACAGUCUGGUUCUAUGUUGGCAUGGCUGGAGCCUUCUGCUUCAUCCUGAUCCAGCUGGUGUUGCUGAUUGACUUUGCCCACUCCUGGAAUGAGUCAUGGGUGGAGAGGAUGGAGGAGGGGAACUCCCGUUGCUGGUAUGCAGCUCUGCUCUCUGCUACCACCAUCAACUAUGCCCUGUCCCUGCUGUCUCUGGUCCUGUUUUAUGUCUACUACACCAUCGCUGAUGGCUGCACUGAGAACAAGGCCUUCAUCAGUGUUAAUAUGCUCCUGUGUGUGGGUGCCUCCAUCAUGUCUAUCCUGCCCAAAAUCCAGGAGUCCCAGCCACGGUCUGGACUGCUGCAGUCUUCCCUGGUAACUCUCUACACCAUGUACCUGACCUGGUCAGCCAUGACGAAUGAGCCAGACAGGAAGUGCAAUCCCAGCCUUCUAGGCAUCAUUGGUCUGAACAGCACACGACCUGCUGGCCAGGACAACGUGGUUCAGUGGUGGGAUGCCCAGGGCAUUGUGGGAUUGAUCUUGUUCCUGAUGUGUGUGCUGUACUCCAGUAUUCGCAACUCAUCCAACACGCAGGUGAACAAACUGACACUGAGUGGAGAUGAGUCUGCUCUGAUUGAGGACGGCCCCGCCCCGGAGAACUUUGAGGAGUCCGACAACUCGAACCGCGCCAUUGACAACGAGAAGGACGGAGUCAAGUACAGUUACUCCUUCUUCCACUUCAUGCUGUUCCUGGCCUCUCUCUACAUCAUGAUGACUUUGACCAACUGGUACAGCCCUGACUCUAGCUAUGAGACGAUGACCAGCAAGUGGCCGUCUGUGUGGGUUAAGAUGUGCUCGAGCUGGCUGUGUAUCGCCCUCUACGUCUGGACCCUGGUGGCUCCACUUGUGCUCACCAACCGGGACUUUGACUGAGGAAGUCUGCUGCACGUGCACACGCACCCCCCCCCCCCCCCCCCCCCCCGCAGUGUUACAUCUGUAAAUAUGACAAGCCUGUGCAUUCCCAGUGGUUAACCCCAAAAUAUUUGUUUUUAAAACAGCUGCAUGCUUUCAAGUGGCGUUUUAUGUACUGUCUUCAGAGAUGAAAAGUUAGGAGAAGCCAAGUGGUUUUGGAGCAGAUGCACAAAGCUAACUGACAUGUCUGCACCACAGAUAGUGAAGUGGUCAGUGACUCUCUCACAGAGAAGGUGUUUGAAAGAAUGAGUAGUGUUGUUCUGAUACAAAAAGGGUAAAUCUAAAUAAGUUUAUUCAUGUAGAAAAUAUUUGUAAAUGUGUCUCUAGGUACAGUGCAGGUUAGUUUGUUAGCCUCUGUUAAUCAGCAGACUGAUUUUCCCAUAGUGUGAGCAUGAGCAGUUGUAGCGUUGGCAUGGUAACUAUUACCAUCCCUAGACUAGACCCAGAGUUGGCAUGCCUUUCAUUUUUAAUCAUUUAGCACAAAAGCUGGAGCAAUAGGACUGUUGCAUUGCUAACCUGUUUUCAGCUUGCACAGGCUGUAGGAGUGCUGUAAUUCACUUUUGUAAAAUUCCAGGUAGCCUUUGUGUGUUCAUGUCAGUGUUUUUUUUGUGUGUUAUUUUUUUGCACUGAAUUUGACAAAAAAAAAAAACAAAAAACCCUGGAAAAUCCUGGUGUUAAAUGGUAAGAAGUAAUUAUCUGGUCUGAGUGUCCUGUCUCCCUCUGGAGAUGAGUGUGCAGUAGUAUUUCUAGCUGUCUUGCAGUAGACGCUGCGCAAGUCUUCUUCCCACUGAAAUGAUUCUAACAGCUUCUUAGGCUAGGCCUGUGACUUUCUUCUUUUUGGCUUUCUGACAAAGGCAUUGUAUUCUACCUUCCUAAAAUCUCAAUAAAGGUCACAAAACCA